AAGUUUCAUGCAUGUGAGCUACAAAAGGAGAAGUAUGAGUUUGAUAUACAAGAUUCUUCUCUUACUAGCUCUAUGCUUGUGCAAUGCAGAUGCUGCAGAUCCUUUAGGAAAUUUCUGCAAUCUAAAUACUAAUAUUAGUCGUGUUAGCCAAAUAUCAGUAAAUAUUGAUCGCUUGCUAGCUGAAUUGGUUUCUAAAACCUCCUCCAAUGGUUAUAUUGCUACUUCCUUCGGUAGAGGGGACGACCAAGUUUUUGGCCUGGCUCAAUGCAGAGGAGAUGUGAGCAGCACAGACUGCUCAAGUUGCAUCCAAGAUGCAGCAAAACUGAUACGCCAACGCUGUCCGAAACAAGCUGACUCAAGAAUUUGGUACGACUACUGCUUUCUGCGUUACAACAACAAGAGCUUCGCUGGAGAAGUUGAUACUUCUGUUGGUAUAUUCUACUUCAAUGUAGGUACUGUAACAGAUCCUGAAAACUUCAAUAAACAACUAGGAGCUCUGAUGGAUGAAAUUAGAGCACGAGCUGUCGAGCCUAAGAAUGAAGGUCUUGGGAAAGGUGACACCAAAUUGUCAUCUUUGGUGACACUUUAUGCAUUGGUGCAGUGCACAAGGGACCUAUCUCAGAUAGACUGUGCUCAGUGUUUGGCCAUUGCGGUUGGGAAUUUUGAAACCAUUUGCAGUAACCGGAAGGGAUGCCGAGUUCUAUAUAGUAGUUGUUACGUUCGAUACGAGCUCUAUCCAUUUUUCUAUCCACUUGACUCGAACAGUACCGUGGCUAAUAAUGUAAGGGCCAUAGUUUAUCCAUAAAUAUUCUAAGCCUAUAUGGGGCACUAUCUAAGAAAUUUUAAAUGUUUGUCAAUAUUUUCCUGCUAAGAAAUAUGAAACUGCUUUGAAUCGUACCCAUAAAGAUGACUUACAAGAAGCACUAGGGAAAAUUUUAUGUAUGUCAUGAUGCAAUCAACUCUAUGAAGUAUGAAGUGGUUAAAUA